AUGGCUGCUGCGACUCGCGUUCGCCCCGCUGAUGAUGGCACGCAACCCCUCCUAGAGGCGCAGGAAUACGACUCUUACUCCUGGGUGCUGCUGGAAGAUCACCCGCUCCGCUCUCAUCCGACCGAAUGCUGUCCAGGGAUCUGGUGGAUGCUUCAGCAGUGGUAUGCCACCGUUCGGAAGCUCUGGGGCGAUCGCAUUUUUUCCAUCAUCUGCCUGCUGUUGAUGUUUGGGGUAAUGGUGCAGUUCCUGUCUCUCUUACCUGAUGGACUUUCUUAUCUCUUUUUCCGGGAGCACUACACAGCCCAGGCAGGGUUUGUUCAUUGGCCUGCAGAGUUUGACGGGCAACCCGCUGCCUGUAUUGCCUACAAUCCACGAUCGCAUCCGGAUGCCAUUCAGUAUGUGAUCGCGGCUGGCUGCACGGGAAUCAAAGCGGACAUCUGGCUCCAGGACGAGGAGCUCUAUGUCGGCACCUCCAACGCGAGUCUGCGACCACAUCUCACCCUGCGUAAUGUGUACCUUGACCCUCUGUUGCAACACCUUGACGCGGAGAAGACUCCCGAAGGCUCUGUACAGUCUACCGCGAUGAGCCAUCACGGAACUGCAACGGACGAGCAGUUUGUUCUAUUCUUGGAAUUCCGAUCGCCGAUUCGGGACGGUUGGCCACAUCUUCUCGCUGAGCUGAAAACCUUGAACGAACGAGGGUAUCUCACCCAUCGCGACGACACGAAGAUAGUCAACAAGGCUGUCACGAUCGUCAUCGUGGGUGACGAGAGCGUCGACCCUGCUCACGAAGAGUACCAUCAAGAUUUCAACCACGAGAGUAUCUUUAUUGAUGACCAAUUGUUCAUGAAAAGACCUGAGUCAGCGUCGAAGCCUCAAGGAAACGAGGCCCAAUUAUUCAAGGGCAAAGGAAGCCAGUCCCGGCCGUCUUGGGAAGAGUGGAAAAAAUUGACCUCGAAGGAAAUGCAGCAUAAGGUACAAUCAGCAUUCACCACUACCAUGAACCUCAGUGAGGAGGUCGGAGCUCCUCAUCGAGGACGAUUUUCUCGACAGCAACUCGAUUUGAUCCAGGCCCACGUGGAGCAAGCCCACAAGCGCGGGCUAAAGGCGCGAUUUGGGGGCAUUCCGUGCAGCUCGCAGAGGCUGCAACGUUUGAUAUGGAGGGUCUUGGUCAAGGCCGGCGCAGACCUCAUUGAUGUAGACUGGACAGGCUGUCAUCGUCAAGCAUGGCGGCAGUUCUUUACGACAGGGUUGGCUUAG